GAUGAGGUUUGAGGACCGAGAAUAAUCUAGUACUCAAUUAUUUCAUUUUUUUAUUUUGGGAUAAACAUUUUUUUUUUUUUUUUUUGAAAGAAAACUUGUUAUCUCUGUAUUCAAUUGGCAUCUUGGCAUAUUCAUUAUCCAAUCAUUAUUUUAAUUUGUACAAAAUAAUCCAAUUUUCCCUCUAAAAUAAUAAUAAUUACAGUAAAAAAAAAAAACUCAAAAUAAUAAUAAUAAAAAAAAAAACGGAAGCACAUUGUUUUGUUUGUCUAGUGUCCUCUGUUUUCUUCCCUGUCUAAAUCUUCAAAAUCUGCAAACAAUCUAAAAAAUUCUGGCAAUUCCCUUUUCAAUUUGCAGAUGGAAGCUGAUGUUUCCAUCCUUAGAAAACCUAAUUUCCUUUCUUCCUGAUUAGAGAAUCUGCAGUUUAAUUAGGUCAAAAUUAGAGCUUUCCCUUUCUGGGUUUAUUUGCAAGCUGAUUCCUUUUAAGUUGACAAUCCUGUUUUUUCUUAUUUCUUGGAACCCGAGACUUGUGAGUCAACCUUUUUAAGUUAAACCCUCAAAAAAAAUUCCUCAACUUUUCUGGGUUUCUUGUAAAAAAAUCGUUACAAGAUCAGAUUUGGGUAUUUUCUAUUGAAUAAUAAUUGAUAUGGGUCUUAAGAUUUCAAGAGAAAUCUUAUUUUGUUGUAUAUAUUUCAUCGUGAUGCUGAGUUUCUCUUCUGCUUCUGUUGUUCUGAUUGGAACAAAUUUCACAGUCAAAUUUGAUGAUAUUGAAGCAAAUUUUGCACAACCUUUGGGGCUUACUGGUAUGUGUGGAAGAUUGUCCAUGGCAGAGCCAAUUAAUGGUUGUUCACCAUUGAAGAAUAGUGUUGAGCUUGAUGGAAAUUGUUCAUCUCCGAUUGCAUUGAUUGUUAGAGGUGGAUGUAGCUUUGAGAAUAAGAUUAGAAGGGCACAGAAGGCAGGUUUUGAAGCUGUAAUUAUCUAUGAUAAUGAGGAUGGUGGUGGUUUGGUUGCAAUGGCAGGAAACUCUGCUGGUAUAAAUAUCCAUGCUGUAUUUGUUUCAAAAGCAACCGGACAUAAGUUGAGGACCUAUGCUGGCCCUGAUGUGGAAGUGUGGAUGUUUGCUAGCUAUGAAAGUUCUGCGUGGUCGAUAAUGGCAAUUUCUUUCAUUUCUCUUCUGGCAAUGUCUGCGGUGCUGGCUACUUGUUUCUUUGUUAGAAGGCACCGUGUUAGGCGGGAAAGACCUCAAGGUAGGGUUCGAGAAUUCCAUGGGAUGAGUAGCCGUUUAGUUAAAGCUAUGCCGAGCUUAGUAUUCACAUCUGUAACGGAGGAGAAUUGCACAGCAUCAACAUGCGCUAUCUGCCUUGAGGACUACAGAGUUGGAGACAAGCUCCGGAUUCUGCCAUGUCGCCAUAAAUUUCACACAUUUUGUGUGGAUGCUUGGCUCACUUCAUGGAGAACAUUUUGUCCGGUUUGCAAACGAGAUGCAAGGACUAGCACUGGUGAACCUCCGGCUUCAGAAUCUACACCAUUGCUCUCGUCCAAUCCAUCAUCUGCUGCUUCUUCACCGUUUUCUUCAUUCAGGUCAUCAUCUGUGCGUUCCUCUGCUAUACAAAUAGCUUCACCAAGUCCAAGAUCCCGUGCAACAUCUCAUUAUCCUUCUGUUUCAAGUAGCCCUCAAAUACCUCGUCCUCUCAACUCAUAUCAUAACCAACAAUCUCCUUCAAUGAGUUUGAGUCGAAGUUCAUUAGACCUUAGGAAUAUGUCCUCCCAAAGGUCAUACGCCUCUCAGUAUUAUUCUCCAGGUUCUCUGGGCUAUCCGUCUGUAUCACCUCUCAAUACUAGAUACGUGUCUCCGUAUGUUCCAAGUCCUAGUAAUGCUUCAUCAAGCUAUCUUGGAUCUUCUUCUAUGAGAUACCCGACUCCAUUGCAUUACAGUGAAUCUGCAGCAAGUUUUUCACCAUAUAGUUCUGCACAAUCCCUUCCUGGAUGUUGAUUUAUGAGUGGUACGUGAAAGUAGUGUACUAGUAUGUGAAUUCUGCCAUGUAACUGUCAUUUUAGAUACUAAAACUGUGCAGAUCUUUCUGACCUCUAACUUAUACCCGUUUGAUCCUUGCCAUGGUGCUGAAUUCUGUGUAUAUCGUAGCCUAGGGUAGAGUUGAGUUUUGCUCCCUUUUAUUUUAAUCCUUUUAGCCCCCGCUUGAUGAUGAGUUAUCUUGUGUUGGUUUCCAGAGUUGAGGCUCCAAUGUUUGCACAAACUAUUAUACAAAUUACCAUUAGUGAAUGAAGAUUAUUAUUUUGUUCAUGUCUUUGUCGAAUAAGCUCAUUGAUUACAGUGCUUGUAUAUGCUAAGCUCCGGACCAGCUUACUGUUUAUUUUUAUUUUGUUAUUUUUAAGGUUCAUGUUAGUCUUGUUCUGUAAACAACAGUUUUUUUGCAGUGUAAUUGGAAAUAAUAAGGUACUGGAUUUGGUGUUCUUUAUUGUA